AUGCUGCCAGAACCUAACAUCACCUUUACGGUGCCGAGUCUCCACGACGCCCUCGACAUAGACUGUCGUGUCUACCACCCCGAGUCACUCGCGCCCACGUCUGAUACCGCCCAAUGGAAGAAACACGCCGCCAUCUUUGCACAUCCCUAUGCACCUCUGGGCGGCAGCUUCGAUGAUCCCGUAGUGGGAAUCGUUGCAAGUGCCCUUUUGCGGAUGGGCUUCUUGGUUACGACCUUCAAUUUCAGAGGGGCUCAUGGAUCGGCUGGAAAGACUUCCUGGACGGGAAAGGCAGAACAGGCUGACUACAAGUCAGUGAUAGGCUUCGUCACCCAUUACGUUCAUUGCCUGAACCCAUAUCCGCAUAUUACUCUCCGCCGGUCCCAUUCUGAAGUUCGCGAGAACGAGGUCGAACUGGAAGGCAGAGUUGCAGCCAAGAUUCAGCUUCAGCCGCCCACUCCUGAGCCAACAUGGAUGGAAGCAACCCCUCUUUCUGCUGCCAGCACGAAGCCUGUUCUUUUGAUGGGCGGUUAUUCGUACGGCUCUAUGAUCACUGCUCAACUACCGGAAAUCGAACCGGUUAUGGCUUUGUUUGAGACACCUGAAAACGGAACGCCGGCUGCUGAGAUCCGAUUGAGGGCAGAGCAUCUCGCAGAGAAGCAGAAUACAACUUUGGCUGACCUGCGCGCCGACUUUGUGGACCGCCAGCACGCCGGAUCGCCGCGGCGGACUGGGGGGCUCCGUGUUGGCGGCAUCGAGGAUAUUCGUAGGCCCCAUGAGCCCCGACGUUCACUGUCCGUCGAGCUUGAGGAGAGAAUACGGCACGGGAUUGAAGAGCUCAUGGCCAAAACCAAGAAAGGACCCAAGGCAUCCCAACUGACCGAGAUUAGGGACGGUGAUGGUCCAAAUUCCACUCGUGAUGCAGCCUGUUCAACCUCGAAGCAUGCCGCUACAGAUCACCUGCCCUCUAUCAUAGGACGAACUCAGUAUCGACCCGCAUAUCUUCUGGUGUCACCUCUUCAGGGCAUAGUUACAAACUUUAUUGCCAUGUCGGUCCCUACGCCAAUUUCCAGCCUCGCUCGGAAGACCUGGAAUCGGCUCCCAGCCAAGCCUGGCAAAAAAUCUGCUACGUCGCCAGAAGCUCCAAAGCCAAUUGUAGACAACCCGGAGAAUAAGUUGACCCAACAUGACACUCUGGUAGUAUACGGCGACAACGAUGUCUUUACGCCCGUCCGAAAGCUCAGGACUUGGACUGCCCGGUUGCAGGCGGUACCCAACUCCAAGUUUCGAGGUGUUGAGGUGUACAGUGCAACGCACUUCUGGGCACAAGCGAAGGUCGCCCAAACCUUGCGCGAUGCUGUCAUCGUGUUUGCCCAGUCUCUGCUCGCUGAAACAUGA